AUGCAAGCAUCCAAAAGAGACAAAAAUCCAGUUGUUCCAACGUUGAUCAAAUGGUCCCAACGCCGCUCUUUCUUUGGUCCAAAUGAAGUUGUUCCAAUUUUAUCGGAUGUCCCCCGAGAUGUUGAUGGUCUAGUGAUUUACGACCUUCGAUGGUUUACCACCGCAUUUGUCGAGCUAAUAAUUAAGAAAGUAGCGAGGCGACAGAAACAAAGGAUAAGGCACUAG